UCCGACGACGAACGACGACAACAACAGCAGCCAUUCCCUCCUCCCUACAUUUCUAACUCUUAUUGAUACAAGUGACUUUGAGCAUACCCUGAGGAAAAACCGCUAGUGUUAUAGUUAAGCCUUACAUUGGCAAGCUUUCACAAUGUGGAUCAUCAACUGGUUCUAUGAUAUUCUCGCCUCCCUUGGUUUGUUAAACAAACAUGCCAAAUUGCUUUUCCUUGGGCUGGACAAUGCUGGAAAGUCUACUUUAUUGCAGAUGUUGAAGAAUGGCAGAGUUGCCCUCUUGCAACCAACCGCACACCCGACUUCGGAGGAGCUCUCGAUCGGAAACAACACGUUCACGACCUUUGAUUUGGGUGGUCACAUCCAGGCUCGUCGCCUCUGGAAGGAUUAUUUCCCUGAAGUCAACGGGAUCGUUUUCAUGGUUGAUGCCGUCGACUACGAGCGUUUCCCCGAAGCCAAAGCCGAACUCGAUGCCCUUCUCGCUAUGGAAGAACUUGGCAAGGUUCCUUUCUUAGUUCUUGGUAACAAGAUUGAUAACCCAUCAGCCGUGUCUGAAGAUCAACUCCGGGCUGCUUUGGGAUUGUUCCAAACGACGGGCAAAGGAAAGGUUCCGCUGGAGGGAAUAAGGCCCAUUGAAGUGUUCAUGUGUACCAUUAUCGGACGAUCUGGUUAUGGCGAGGGUAUCAGAUGGCUAUCACAAUACGUUUAAUUAUGGAAUGGAGCUCUUCCACAUGAUGAUGCUUGCUUACAUGUCAUCGACGGCCGUGCUUAUAGCCCCUUUUUUCGAUGAGAAAUUCAACCCCCACCCUGGCUCUCUGCUAGUCACCACCAACCUGACGCCUGGGGUUAACUCGGCUUCUACCUAUCUGUCUUACUAUUAACGAUCACCUCCCAUCUCGAGAUUAUUUCCCCACUUCCCCUUUUUUACCCAUCAGAAGCUUUCUGGAGUUUGUUAUUUCUAGUUAGUUAUUGGAUCCGAUCAGAAUUCUUUUUACCCCUUCAUUUUGGGGAUGUCUUUUCUCCUCUCGCUAAUCCCAUAUUCAUUUUAGCUAGCUUUCCUAUUUUUUUCCCCUUGUAUUAAAGGCAUUCAGCGCUGCGCGACCCCAAAAGCACAGAACAAAGACAAGUUGCAUUUAGGGUGACAGGAGAGAAUCCUAACAUAGGUCGAACUGAGAAAUCAAUA